AGUAAAAUUUUUCAGUUUGUUGUCAAGUUAAUCGUCUGUAAAAUUAUCUGUCCAGCAAAAACUUUUUAAUCCAAUUAUGGGUCUUUUAUCGCUGCUAAGAAAGCUGAAGUCAAAUCCCGAGCAAGAGCUGCGAAUCCUCCUGCUUGGAUUGGACAAUGCUGGAAAGACAACUCUAUUGAAGCAGUUGGCAUCUGAGGACAUCAACCAGAUAACUCCAACUCAAGGAUUCAAUAUAAAGAGUGUGCAGUCGUCUGGAUUCAAGUUGAACGUCUGGGACAUCGGUGGUCAACGUCGCAUUCGACCUUAUUGGAAGAAUUAUUUUGAGCACACAGAUGUCUUGAUAUAUGUUAUUGACAGUGCUGAUAGGAAAAGAUUUGAAGAGACUGGAAUGGAACUCGGCGAACUGCUUGACGAGGAGAAGUUGACAGGCGUCCCCCUCCUGAUAUUCGCCAACAAGCAAGAUCUCGUCAACUCAGCAAAGGCCAGUGACAUUGCCGAAGGUCUGAAUCUUCAUUCCAUCAGAGACAGGCACUGGCAAAUCCAGCCAUGUUCUGCUGUUACGAGUGAAGGGGUUAAGGACGGUAUGGAAUGGAUGAUGAAGAAUGUGAAGCAUAAAACAAAAUGAUCAUCCUACAUCAUUGCAUCUUUAGACCAACAUCCAACAUCAUCAACAUCCAACAUCAUCAACAUCCAACAUCAUCAACAUCCAACAUCCUCAACAUCCAACAUCCUCAACAUACAACAGCAACAUCUAGUUUCAUCCAAACAACAACAACAUACAACUACAACGCACAAAACAAUUUUAUUUUAUUUCCUUGAAUCAUCACGACAUUUUGUUUUGUUAGAAGUUUUUUGUUUAUUUAUUUUGUGAUUACCGAAAUAAUUUUUUAUUAAAUGUUUCCAAUUCAACAAACUGUAAUCGAUGUUGUCAGUUAGGUCGAACAGUUAGCUGCUUGAUUGCUUUCACGCAUUCGUUCUGCCUGUAGAUUUGUUGACAAUUUAAUUUGCUCGCAUUGUAUAAUUUUAUAUUAUUUAGUUAAUUCGUCAGUUCUUUUGUCUGCAUUCAUCAUAGUCACGCACAAUUAGUUAGCCCUGUUUAUUAAUAUCCUUAUGAUAAACUC